GUUGUCUACGCUAGUUAAAAUCCAAGCCCCCCUGGGCCUGCCUGAAACCUGUCUGUCUGUCAGUAAUAUUUUGAGGCGUGUUGGAGGGGAAAGAAGAGUGCACGAGGUGUAGAAGCAGUUUAGUUACUUAGCUAGUUAUUAAACUACCUGUAUUAGCCAGCAAACAUGGCUACAGUCAAUAGUGGUACCUCCAGUUACAGAGUCGUGAUAAUGGCUGGCAAAUACUUGACGAACCCCUCACCGCGGCUUGUCCCGAGCACAAGUCACUGGCGAAUGUUAAAACUUCAGCGCCGCUUGGCGAGUUCAAAGGCGGCCGGCCAGGGAGGCAAAACCCCGGCUUUGGCCCAGCAAGAGUUCCCUAACUCUUUCUCAGCCUCUGACCGCUACGUUCUGUCAAACCGCACAUUAAUUUAUCGGGAUGUGAAGGCUUUUCUCAAUGAAAUUGGUGGAGACCCUCGAGAGGCUCGGUACUGGUUGACCCAAUUUCAGAGAGCCAGUUUGGCACAAGCGCCAGCAUUUGCAGUGCUCGAGGUGGACAAAUCUGUAUUCGAGAGCCGAGAGAUGGUGCAGAGUCUGGCGUUUGGGCUCUCUUUCCUGCAGCGGAUGGACAUGAAGCCAGUGGUGGUGAUGGGACUGUCACGGCCUGAGGAUGACGACGCCCCAGACGGAUCUACUUCCAACUCCAGGGCCGAUAUUGUUCAGCAGUGCCAGACCCUAACAGAGGUCCUACAGCACCACUCAGCCAGUGUCAUACCGUUCUUCAGUGCAGAGGCCUUGCUGCUGGUGCAGGAUCCACCCCAAGGAAGCAGUGCAGGGUCCUCCAUUGCAGUGGACAAAGGCCUGCUCCAGUGGAGCCUGGACUGCGGGGCCAUCCCCCUGGUGUGCCCUGUGGGGCGGGACACCAUGGGCCGCUCGGUGGCCCUGGACUCAGUGGACGUCACGGCCGCCAUCUCCAAGAUCCUGCAGCCACUCAAAGUCAUGUUCCUCAACAGCUGGGGAGGCCUCCGCAACCAGAGUCACAAGGUGCUGGAUUUAGUGUCUCUGCCCGGUGAUCUUCCCGGCCUGUCGGGGGCACCAUGGCUGAGCUUGGCCGAGCGUCGGAGGGUGGGCACCAUCGCCCAGCUCCUGAACCAGCUGCCCUGCGAGUCCUCUGCAGUUAUCACCUCCGCCAACACGCUGCUCACCGAGCUGUUCAGCCACAAGGGUUCUGGUACCCUGUUCAAGAAUGGAGACCCCAUUCACAAGUACAGCACUCUGGAUGACAUAGACCUAGACCGCCUACUGGCCCUGAUAAACAAGUCGUUCGAGAAGAACCUGAGGGAGGAUUACAUUGAGUCACUCAAAGGACGCCUCCAUUCUAUCUACCUCUCUGAAGGGUACAGUGCGGCAGCCAUCAUCACCAGGGAGCCUGUGAGCAGUGGUACGCCCUACCUGGACAAGUUUGUGGUGAGCAGCAGCAAGCAGGGCGAGGGCACCAGCCAGAUCCUGUGGGAGUGCAUCAGACAGGACCUGGGCAAGCUCUUCUGGAGGUCCCGCGCCAUCAACCGCAUCAACCCCUGGUACUUCAAGCAUUGCGACGGAAGCUUCGUCAACGGCGGCUGGAUUGUCUUUUGGUUCGGCCUCUCAGACAUCAGGGAGUCCUACCAGCUCGUAGAGUACGCCAAACGCGUUCCAGACUCCUUCCACGGUCCGAUAAUGGGGGGGAGCCCCCCAGCAGCCACCCCAGGAUCCUGAAUGAACUCUCCCAACAUUCCUCCUCCAAGCCUAAAUAAAUGGUUGCAGAACACCAAGCUAAAAUAAGCAGUUCCUCCCAUUGACAAACUGUUUUGUGAUAAGUUUGGUGUGGUAUUACUUGACGUUUUGAGAGAUUGGUGGCUUGGAGCAGUAGGUCAUUGUUAGUUUUGAGUGCCAGGGAGCAUCUUGGGUUAGACGGCAGUGGUUAGAUUUGGAUCUGUCAGAAUUGCAGUCAGCCUGCCUUCAGCACGCUCUGGCUGCUGAAGGUUUGUUUUGUGGAAAAGGUUGUGAAUUUUGUCUGGAUUCAUCCCCCUCUCAUGUAGUUGAUUUCACUACUGUGCUUGGGCCAAAUACUAACAUUUCAAGCUGGUGCUUUAAGACUUAAGCCAAAGUUUACAUUUCAAAGGGUAUUUCUUCAGUGUAUAUCCAGCAUCUGGUCACUUUCAUGCUGGGUUAACCACAGUGGUCAUUGCCAGUAUAAUAUUUUUUAACACUUUUGUCUUAGCUCUACAAUGAAUGUGAAGUUUCCAUUUUGUAUGUUUUUUUUUGUUUUUUUUUACUUGAAUCUUAACAAGAAUUUCAAAUGGACUCUGAAUGCUGGUUUUUGAGUUACGGUAGUCCAUUCAAGGACUAAGGCAAUAUAAAGAAUGCAGCUAGCUUUUUACAUGGCUGAUCUCCAACUGUUAAAUGCACAAAAGAUUGCCAAUCAAAUUAGCUGACUUCAAAUGGGCAUGAUUUUAGUCAGUAAUUCAUUUCAUUUAUAGAUGAUUUCAUACAUUCUGGAGGUUUACAACAUGCAUAUUUUGAACAAUAGUUUAAAUGGAUAAAAAUGAUAUCAGCCAUUGUUCAACAAGUCAUUUUACAUGGAAUGAAAGUUUACAUUUUGACACGACAUACUGUGGAUUCUGUCUGGAAUUCUUUGAAUGCCUUAAAUUCACUGCAACAAUCCAAUGGAGCAUGGUGUCUGUUGGCGGGAAAACAAAGCUUUGUUAGUGUGUUUUGAAGAUUUGAGGUAGGAAAAACUAUUGCUAUGAUGCUUAGGUGGAUACCGUUUAAGACUGGUCAAGCUGCUCAGGUAGAUAUGGGGAAAAUAAAUGUUGCUAUUUGCAAUGCAUUAAAUUAUUCUGAAUUAAUAAAUUAUUGAAUCUUC